AUGCUGCUUGUAUUUGUUAUUGUGUAUUUGUGUUUUCUCAAUUUAAUAAUUGGCAAAUUUGCUUUAAAUCAUCACGAAGUUGGGCCAAUUUCAAAAGUUCUGUUUAAUGUUGCUGAUGAAUUUCUAGUAAAACAGAAAAUUUCAUUCAACAUCUUCGCAGUUAAUAUUGAUUCCACACAUUCAUGGGAUGUAUUAAGUGACUUUAUGAAGAACAAUAAUGAACAAUUCAAAUACAUUCUUUUUGUUCAUAGAAGAUUUGAUGAAAGUCAUCGAUUUUUUAUGACUCAAACAAAUAUUUUAUUUGUUCCGUCGCUGAACUUAUUUUACAUUCUUGAAAAAUCAUUUAAAAUCAUUUUAUUCAACGAUCGACCAUCUAAAUUUAUAGUUUACAUUCCAAAUUUGACAUUUGAUGACUUAGAGUCAUUUUUGGAUUCAAUUUAUUAUCCUGAAUUAAACAUUUUUUCUGGAAGUUUUAUUCACUUUUCAUUUUUUAUCACAAAUGAAGCUGAAACUGUGACUUUAUCAACAUUUGAAUGGUUUAGUUCGAAUGAAUGCAACAAUAUUUAUUUAAAGAAACUCAAUGUUUUUGAUAAAAAGUCUCUGAAGUGGAGAUCGGAACUAAAGAAUUACGAAAAAUUCUUAAAUUAUCAUGGAUGUGAAUUAGUCAUGAUGCUUCCAUUAGUCACACUUGAUAGUGUUAAUUAUCACCCAUCAGGCUACAUUUUAAAGAGUAAAUCCGAUUCAAAUGACAAAAUGGUUGGAAUCACGCCAAUUAUAUUUGAAAUCACAAGCCAAUUUCAUAAUUUUACAACUGAUUUUCAAGGAGUUCAAAUGGACGAUAGCUGGGAAAAUGUUGAGAAUCCAACAGAAAUUGUUGAGUCAAAUAAUACUGACCAGAAGAUCACUAAUGUCUACUUUGAAGUAUUAACAAUGUAUAACAUCUAUCAAGGAGUUGCGACAUCAAAUGUUGUGGCGAAUCAUAAAGUUUUGAUGUUUGUAACUCCAGCUGAAAAGUACACACAAUAUGAGAAAUUUUUCUUACCUUUUGACCUUCAAACCUGGAUUUUAGUCAGCAUAACAUUUGUGCUGACCUUUGUGAUGAUUUUCGUUAUAAAUUUGCUGUCAAAAUCUGUUCAAAGCUUGUUUUAUGGACAAAAUGUAGACACACCGAUUUGGAAUGUGAUCAGCAUCUUCUUUGGCAUUUCACAGACUGAACUUCCAACUAAGAACUUCUCCAGAUUCAUUUUAGUUCUUUUCAUUUAUUUUUGUCUGAUAUUUCGAACCUGUUUUCAAAGUAAGUUCUUUGAGUUCUUGACGAGUGAACCGAGACGGUCGCCUCCAGAAAGCAUCGAUGACCUGAUUGAUAGAGGAUACAGCGUACUUACAAUGAGUCAAACAUUCAAAUUUUGUAGCAAUACUUAUCGUAAAGAGCUGUGGCCGAAUAUUAAAGUUUUGUCACCAAAUGCUUUUGACUAUGCCCACUUUAAGCAAGCCUCGAAUUCUUCAGCAAAAAUUGCACUUUGUAUUGAUGAAUUUUAUCACGAUAGUCAAGAAUUCAUUCAUCAAAAAAAUUUCGGCUGGAAUCAGCUAAAAGACACAGUUCUCUACACUACUUAUGAUGUUUUCCUGUUCAUUGACAAUUCCUUUUAUUUUCAAAUGUUUAAGAAAGUCAUUAAUGAUUUGAUUCCAACGGGAAUUAUGAAUCACUUGAUUGAAUAUAAUUACACGAAAAAGAUUAAAUUUGAUAAAAUUGAAAAAGAGCCACAAGUUCUUAAUGUUGAUGAUCUUUUGUUUGGAUUCAAAAUCUGAGCAGACUCAAGUGUUGAAGCCAUUUCACAAGUUCUGUACGAUGUUGUUGACGAGUUUCUUAUAAAACAGAAAACUUCAUUCAACAUUUUUAUAAUGAAGGAAUCAUCUGAUUUUUCAUGGGACAUUUUGAGUAGUUUCAUGAAGAAAAGUGACUCAAAAUUUGGAUAUUAUUUAUGCUUUCACCAAACAGCCACAGAGUAUGUGCUUCCUAUAAUUCAUUCGAAUAUUUUGUUCCUUCCAUCACUGGAUGACUUUGAAGUUCUUGAAGGUUCCUACAAAGUCAGUCGAUAUAACAGUCGUCCAAUUAAAUAUUUUAUAUUCAUUCCCGAAUCGAGCUACGAAGAUCUAAAAACAACAUGGAUUUUAGACUAUAAUCAAAAAUUAAAUAUAAUGUCUGGAGGAUUUUUUCAUUAUGCAUACUUUAUAACUAUAGAUUUGGAUACAGUCGCAUUAUCAACAUUUGAAUGGUUUAGUCCAAAUAACUGCAACAGUCCAGUUUUGAAUAAACUUAAUAGUUUUGACAUUAAAUCAAUGUCAUGGAAAACGGAGCUAAGAAAUUAUGAUAAAUUCAUGAACUAUCAUGGAUGUGAACUUACCAUGAUGUUGCCAUCAAUUAAUAUUAACGAACCAACAGAUCACGUGUCAGGAUACAUGAUACAUGGUAUCUCAGAACCCAAGGUUCGUGGAAUAGGUCCGCAAGUUUUUAUGAUUGCAAGCAAUUUUCACAACUUUACUGUCCAGUUUGAGAGUGUUAAGUUUGAAAGCGAUUGGAGUGAACCGAGACGAUCACCUCCUAAGACAAUCCAAGAUCUAAUUGACAGGAACUAUACUGUCUACACAACAAGCUUUAAUGAAGAGUUUUGCGAUAAUGCAUUUCGAUUUGAACAUUGGCCAAAUACACAAACGAUCAGUCCUCACGAAUUUCGUGACGCUUUUCGGUCACAAUCUCAAAAUUCUUCAGCAAAAAUGGCGCUCUGUGUUGAUGAAUAUUAUCAAAAUUCAGCAGAAUCUUCAAUUCACGAAAGUUUAAACUGGAAUCAACUUCAAGAUAUCGUUCUAUUUACAACAUUUGAUGCCUUUCUGUUUAUUGACAAUUCUUUUUAUUUUACAAUGCUUCAAGCUUUAAUCAACAAUCUGAUUCCAUCUGGUUUGAUGAACUUUUUGGUUGAUGAAUAUUUGAGAAAAAAAUGGAAUGCACAAAAAGUUGAGAAGAAUCCAAAAGUUCUGAGCAUUGAUGAUUUACAGUUUGGAUUUAAGAUUUGGUUUGGAACUUGUUUGUGCGCAUGCUUUACUUUUAUGAUUGAGAAAGGAAUAAAACAUAUAAAUUUAAAAAUAUCAAAAUUAAAAGUUGAUACAAGUCAAAAUUCAGUAAACAAAAAUAAACAAAAUCACUGGAUCAAAGUGAAAGCUGUCGUGCUUAAUGAUAAAAAAAACAAUAGAGAAUUAGAUUCAAAAUGUUCUAGUAAUGAAAAGUUUACGAUAAAUGAAGAAAUUCAGAAUGAUUUACACAGAAACUCAUGUGUAAAUGAUCAAAUUCAUAGACUUGAUCAUAAUGCUAUGGAUGAUAUAGAAUUUGUUAAUUUGGAACUUAUUGAUAUUGAGAAUGAAUAG